UUAGAACCCGGAGCAGAUGAUCCGGUUCAUUUUCCUGCUGCUGCUCUUCUGCUGCGCAGCGUCUCUCCGUCCUGCGGGUUCGAGCUGGACCCGGACCCGGACCCAGACCCAGACCCGGACCGAGCUGCUCCUGUGGUCCCACAUCUGCUCCGUGAACCCGACAUGUCCAGAGACGAGCGGCCGCUGGUCUAGUUGCAGUCCGGACCGUGUGAGGUGAACCGGGCCCGAGCCCCAGACCCGCUCCAGACCCGGACCCCCCAGAGAAGUGAUGUUAGCGGUGGGUCCGAUGGACGCGUCCCGACCGAGCGGCUUCCUCCUCAGCACCCCGCCCCUGGCUGCUCUGCACAGCAUGACCGAGAUGAAGACCCCGCUGUACCCGGCGUACCCGCUCUCCUCCUCGGGCCCCAACUGCUCCACCUCCCCGGCCACCACCUCUCCCAACCCGGGCGGCAUGGCCGUGUCCUCCCCGGGGAUCAAGAGCUCCGGUACCGGUCUGUCCUCGGGGCUCGGCUCCCCGCAGCAGUGCUCCUCCGCCACCCCGCACGGAAUAAACGACAUCCUCAGCCGGCCCUCGGCCGCCGCCGCCGCCGCCGCCGCCUGCUCCUCCUCGGCGGGGCUCCUGUCCGGGCUGCCCCGGUUCAGCAGCCUCAGCCCGCCGCCUCCUCCCGGACUUUACUUCAGCCCCAGCGCGGCCGCGGUGGCGGUGGCCCGGUACCCGAAGCCCCUGGCGGACCUGCCGGGCCGGACGCCCAUCUUCUGGCCCGGAGUGAUGCAGAGUCCGCACUGGAGGGACGCGCGCUUCGCGUGUUCGCCCCAUCCGAACUCGGUGCUGCUCGACAAGGACGGGAAGCGGAAACACACGAGACCCACGUUCUCCGGUCAACAGAUCUUCGCCCUGGAAAAGACUUUCGAACAGACCAAGUACCUGGCGGGACCCGAGCGGGCGCGACUGGCCUAUUCCCUGGGCAUGACGGAGAGCCAGGUCAAGGUGUGGUUCCAGAACCGCAGGACCAAGUGGAGGAAGAAGCACGCGGCGGAAAUGGCCUCGGCGAAGAAGAAGCAGGACUCGGACGCGGAGCGGCUGAAGGGAACCGGGUCGGAACCGGAGGACGAGGACGACGACUACAACAAACCUCUGGACCCGAACUCCGACGACGAGAAGAUCACGCAGCUGCUGCAGAAACACAAACCGGCCCCGGUGCUGCUGCUGCACACUUCGGACAACGACAGCUCGUAACUGCCGUGGUGGGAACCGGCGGCCCGGUCCGCUCCGCUCCGCUCCGCUCCGCUCCGGUCCGGUCCGGUCCGCUCCGGUCCGGUCCGGUCCGCUCCGCUCCGGCCCGGUCCGCUCCGGUCCGGUCCGCUCCGCUCCGGCCCGGUCCGGUCCGGGGCGUUGUCCUGCACGAGGCUCUUCUCUUUUUGAGGAGGAGGAGGAGGAUGAAGAGGAGCAGGACUCACCUGAGGAGCGACCCUCGACCCUCACGUGACCUCGACCUGUAAAUAGAAGCGUGAGUUCAAACGAACAGAAAUAAUUUAUGUGUAAAAAAACUGUUUUUGUACAAAACAAAAAGAUCCGCUCGUUUUUAUAUUUGACGGAAUUUACCGAAUCUCCCCGAAGAGACUCUGUACAUACCUGCACACACACGCACACGCACACACACACACACACACACACACACACACACACACACAUACAUACAGGUGUUUUUUAUUUAUGUGUCGCUGUGACGCAGUUUCUGUAAAAUGCACUUCUAUUUAAUAAAAAC